AUGAAAAGCAAGAGAGAGCUCGAAGACUUGCGUGCUGUCUUCUCCUCGGAGGGUGAUGGCGGCACACCCAAGGUUGUGGAGAUGAGCGGGACCGGAGAUGAGGAUGCCGAGGAGGAUGAGGCAAAGAAGGCAGAGGCCAAGCUGGCGGAAACAGCCUCGACCAAGGCUUCUGCUCCAACCAUGACUGCCAUUCCCAAGAAGGCCAGCCCCCAAGCCCCCCAAGCCCCCCAACCGCCAGCGCCGAUGCACAAGGCUCUCCCAGCGGGGCCUGUGCAGGUCCAGGCUCGUCCUCCCCUUCCCGGGCCACCUACCAUGCCAGCUCCGAUGGGUGCACCCCUGAUGGGGCAGAUGCCCAUGAUGGGCUUCCAGCCAGUGCCCAUGAUGGCGAGCCUUCCGAUGAUGAGCGGCGUGGCAUUGGCCGCAGCAGCCAAAGCAAAAGAGGAAGCAGAAGCAAAGGCGCAGAAAGAAGAAGAGGAGGCACAGAAGAAGCGCGAAGCAGAGGCCAAAGCCGAGUGGGAAAAGGCCAGAGCAAGGUCCGAAGCUGAGGCCAAAGCACGAAAAGAGAGGGAGAAGGAGGAAAACAAGGCAUCUGCGGAACUGCCACCUGCAGAGUUCGAGGAGAUUGUGAACUCUAUGCCGGUCACACCGUUCUGGAAGAUUCCUGUCCAAAAGGCAGACAUCCCGCUGGGCAUCAGGCUCCGGGUGUUUGAUGGUGGGGGUGCGCGCGAAGUUGCCAGCAUGGCAGUGACAAAGCCGCUCAUUUUUGGCAUGGAUUCCGAGCGCUCUCAUGUUGUUGAACGACGAGGGCAAGGUGUCUACGCAGAGCACGUGGCUCUGGUCUAUACUGCCAAGGGCUUCCAUCUACAUCCGAUUUCCGGACAAAGUGUGCAAUCGGCUGUGACGCAUCACCCAAAGCUGUUGGUGAAGCUUCGCACGGAAUGCGAGGAAAAGCUGUCUACUCCUCAAGGACCAGAAACAGUGCUUUUAUGUAUGGGGAAUUAG